AAAGAUCGAGCCGAGUCCAUAGAAACCCGUGAACCAUGGCAUUGUAUGCCCCGAACUGGGUCGAAGGACCAAUGAGAGUCACAACAUCGGUGCUGGGUGGCUGCAUUAUAGUGGGUAGAUGAAGCCCAGAAAAAGGGAAUAAGCACAAUACGAAGCUGGUCCAUACUCUGCCGUCGUUGAAUCCAGUUGAAGCUGUUGCGGAAAUAAGCGCAAUGUAUUUUCGGAUAGUGUAACUCCACUCCAUGUCGAAUUUUCCGCUCGUUGCAGCUGUGCUAUCAUCAGCCCCUGCUGGUCUAUCUAAUGGGCUUCAGGGUCUAAUAUCAUCUAAUGACACGCUCGAAUCAACCCUAGAUAACGUUCUGCGACUUUGUUGUGGGCUGCCCCACACUUCCGAUAAUCAGUACACGCCCGAAGAAUGGGCAAAAUCUGUUCAAACACUACAUUCUAGGAUAUCUGAGCUGGGAGAGACGUCCUUGACUUUCCAGCAGCCUCUCAAGAGAGCUUUGGAAUAUGAGGAAGAUCGUUCGGAUGCUAAGAAAGCGAAAACUUCCCGCGAGGGUUUUGGUGUCAGUGCACUGACGUCAAAUGUCAACAACGCCUCGCCAAAUGACACGUCAAGCGAUCCACCCAUCUUCACAUUUCAUUCCAUUUCCAUGUCUUCCCCUGUUCGUAAAAAGGUCGACAUAACAGUCCAUCAGUUGACGUUACGAAUCACUUCUCCAGGAAAUCCUCUCGAAAAUUUGCAUCCUCCCAUCUUACUCUCUAUCCUUCGUCUCGCUUUCCUGCUUCCCGUACCUGGGAAACGGAUGCCAUACCUCUCGGCUGUGAUUCUCCCCGAGCGAGCAAGGGUUUCGCCUUCGGACGGAGAUAUUCAAAUCAUAUUCGGAACAGAUUCUGUCUUGACGGCGACGCAAUACACAACGAAACAUCCAGGUCCCAAAGAAGCUCAUACAAAGGGCAGUCCAUCAAAAGUUCUCUUUCAUUCCUUAUUUGCCUAUUUCCCACAAGGCGAAAAUGGUUUGCGGGAUCUAUACGAACCUUCUACCGGCGAUUUCACAUCUUCAUCCGGCGCUCCAAGCGUCGAUGCACACAUAGGAGCUAAAGAUGGUCAUCUCUAUUUCUUCAAACAUGGUAUAUUCUGGGGAGAAAAGAAACCGUGUGUAUGGUUCCCGGUUGAAGCCAUCUACGAUAUGACAACCCGAAGCGUAACGGGUCGAUCUUUCUCUCUUUCCAUUGAUACUCGUUUCUCGACCGUUUCUGCUCUGUCAAGUAACGCGAGACGUGCAGCAGCAGCGGCUGCUGCUGCUGCUAUUGCUGCUCAAGCAUCAUCGUCAUCAAAAAAUGAAGCCACUGAGUUGUUGAUGAACGAAGAAGAUGAUGAAUUGGAGCAAACGGAAUUUUCUCUCAUCGAGGGAAAAGAUCAAGAUGCCGUUAAAAGCUGGAUAUCCAAACACCGGAAUGAAUUCGCGACAAAUGUAAUGAUCCUCGAUGAUUCGUCAGCGUCUAGAACCGCCACUGCUACUGGUGAAAAUAGCAAUGCGUUCGUAGUCGCAGGGACGUCUCCUAACAAAUCUGGCGCUUCCUCUGCCGCUGCGGCAUCCGUUCCAUUCAGUCAAGCUCCGUUGGACGAAUCCGACCCUGAGGAUGGAGAUUUUAAAGUGUCGGAUGUUAUAUCCACAGCCUCAUCAUGGUCGUCGUCUUCGUCUGAACGUGGAAGCGUUGAUGAAGAUGAGGGGGGAAUUAACAUGGGACCGGAUGAUGAGGAGGGAGAGUACGAAAGCGAGGAACUUGCCCAUCGGGGGGAAAAGGGAGAAGUGGGCAAUGAUGGUGAUGAUGAUGAUGGUGAUG